CUUCUAGACAUACCGGGUCUUCCAUUGUCAUACAAAUGCACAUUUUUCAAGACUUCUCUCAAAUUAUCGCGCAUGUAUGACUGCGUACCUCGGUGUCUCAUGCUCAGAGGCUUCAAAAAGACGGGUGAUUAUCCGUUUGCUCGAGGUCAUUUUGGUGACUUGUGGAGAGGUGAGGUCGGAGGAACGGAAGUUGCUGUCAAACGAGCAAGAGUAUUCACAAGCGAUAAUAAUAUCCAGAAAGUCCUGCGGAGAAUAAGACGAGAAGCUAUUAUCUGGGGGCAGUGCGAUCACCCUAAUGUCCUACCUUUCUACGGCAUUUACCGCGAUUCUGCACCUUCUACCUACUGUCUCGUGUCGCCAUUCAUAGUCAAUGGACCACUUCGCCAAUAUCUGAGAAAUACUGAUAAUCCUAAUCGGCACAGACUCGCUCUGGACAUUACGCGUGGCAUGGGUUACCUACAUAAACUAUCCAUCGUUCAUGGCGACCUUAAAGGGGAUAACAUCCUGGUUACCGAUGACCAUAUAGCGGUUAUUGCGGAUUUCGGUAUAUCUUUCGUGACGGGUGUUACGACCAUCGGAACUUCGUCAUCAUCGCGGAAGGGUGGCACCGUAAAAUGGCAAGCUCCAGAGGUUCUCAACGCCAGUCCCAACAGCUUUUCAGCUGAUGUAUAUUCAUUGGCAUGUGUGUACUUUGAGGUAUUCGACGGUUCAAUACCUUGGACCGACCUAAAUGAUGGAACCGUUAUCAUAAAUGUCAGCGUCCACAAGAAGCAUCCUCCACGCCCGAGAUACCUGGCGACGACUAAAUUUGCUGAUUUAUGGUGGGAACUUAUGGUACAAUGUUGGGCUUAUAAACCUUUAGAUCGACCAACUCUCCAACGUCUCGCGGAGUCUCUUGACGCGACAGACGAUACCCUACCUCCGACGACGAAAUGGGACAAGUCUGUCCUGACGCGACUUCGUGAUCCUCUGUUCCAAGGCAAAUUAAUUAUACCUUCUGGCUUACCGCCAUUCUUGAAUAUUGAGGGUGUUUCCUCCUUAUCUGAUCCAGGUCCACUCGGCGUUGCCGGAUCGGAGUAG